GGGAACUGAAUAAGUGUCCAACAGCAACCUUUUGGGAACUGAAUAAGUGUGCAACAGCAACCUUUUUGCCGGUGUAUUCGUUACUCUCUCCCGCUGUCGCUAAUGCGGUAAUAGUGUGUUUACCACAGAUAUUGCAACCUUUAUAACCACCACAUACCGGUAUACUUUCUGUCUAACGGAAUAACGACAGCGUGUAUUAAAAUGUCCAAUGUGAACUGGAAACCUUUCGUUUUCGGCGGUCUGGCAUCCGUCACUGCUGAAUGCGGUGAGUUUUCUUUACACAGGUGUGUGAGGUGGACUAACAUUAGUUUUCUGUCAUUAUUUCUCAAUACAUGUCUUUCCCUCCGUUGUGUAGGUACCUUUCCUAUAGAUUUGACCAAGACGCGGCUGCAAGUUCAAGGCCAAGUGGGCGACAGCAAGUACAGAGAGAUUCGAUACCGGGGAAUGUUGCACGCCAUAGGCAGAAUAUGCAGAGAGGAGGGAAUAAGUGCACUUUACUCAGGGUGAGUAUUGAGCUAUAUAAGAAGAGCAGUCUUAUCAUGAUGAUUCUAUUUUUAUUGUACUUUUCAGCAUUUUGCACAGAUUAAGCCUAGUUCAAGAUUAAAAUGAAUGUUAAAUUGAGAUUCUCCAUUGAAAUUGGUUCUUAGUUCAGGAUUUGGCUUAAUCUGUCUCCAGGAAACGGCUACUCAAUAAAUGCCAAGCUAUGUGAGCAUCAGUGUGUUGCUACACAUGCCAGCAAAGUUUCAAAUAAAUCAGGGGUCCCAAACUUUUUUGGCCGAUGACCCUAUUUUGAUAUCUGAAAAUUCUCUUGACCCCAACCCAACCAUGUGGAAAAAUUGUAAUUAACAGUUACUUUUUUAUUUGGGGCUAUGGCAGUCAAUUGAAAAACAUCUUAACAGUAUUUCUGAUUGUUUUCUCCACUCACCAUCACAUACUUUUAAUGUGGGGCUAUGACAGUCAAUUGCAAAUUAGUCUGACAUAAUGUAUCUUAUCUCACCACCACUAAUGAGAUGGGUGUGCUUGAUGCAUGUCGCGUAGGAGCUUCUCAAAGUCAGGGGGCGUGGUCGAUAGUGCGUACCUCAUCUCAGCUGUCACAUCCAACCUGGAUCGAUAUUUGGUUUUAAUGCAGAUGAGAGCACUGAUGAUGCUAGGGAAAAAUAUGAGGUCAAAUGAUGUCAUUGAUCUUUCAGGUCAGAAAGUCAGAGCUCUAGAAAGAGGCCAGAGUUCCCGAGUUUGAAUUCCAAGUUGGAUGACCGUUCAAAUAUGGUAGCGAGGAAGCCCAGUGGCCGACAGUGGGAGAAGAUGGAACGAGAUGGAUUUUGGCCGACAUUAUGCUACAUCUUUGGUAUUCCCUUUGCGUCAGAAACCAAAACUCCUCAGUGACUCGUGAAUGCAGUUGGUCACAUGACAGCUCAAUCAGCUUUUCAAUUUCGCUUACCCACGUGUCAGCAGAUCCAGGAUCACAAUCAAAUGGAUUGGGAAGUAGGUCCCAAAGUGCUCUUCUAAGCGUUGGAGGUGAACAGUCAUCACUUGUGUCGGACACUUACUGAUGCUGUUUUCUGUUAGAAACAUGCACAGCCAAGAGAAGGGGGCAUGGUUCGCUUUUGAAAGACUUUCCAAUAAGAAUUUUUUCCUCUGAAUCCACUGAUUCGGUCACUCAUCUAUAGAAUGUUUUUGUAUUUCCCCUGCAUGCUUACGUUCAGUUCAUUCAGUUUCCCAAAUAUGUCUGUUACAUAGGCAAGGAGACACAUUUUAUUUUCAUUACACAGAAAGUCAUAUAUUUUUUACAUUCAUUGUGAAUGACAACCGUUCCCCUCUCAAUAUGAAAAAACCUUUCCAACACAUCCCCUCGAGAACCACCAAGCCUCAGAGUGAAAUAGAACAUUGUUAUGCUCUGAUCCCAUAUCUCCAAAUAGUUUUGCGAACAGGCGUGCGCGCAGUGGAUGUGGUUUGAUGUAGUUUACAAUCUUAGUUACCUGCUGCAGUAUAUCUCCGAGUUCUGUACUCAGCUCCUUUGCCGCCAGUUGCUCUCGGUGUAUCAUACAAUGUGUCCAUAUAGCAGAGGGAGACACAUUCAUAACUAGAGUGCAGAGGCCAUCCCGCCAUGGAGCCCCAAAUGUGCAAAAUCGUGAGAUGGAACAAUAUGUCGUCAUGAAUAGUAUCCCCCAACAUUUAUAGCGAACAAAAGUCAAUGUAUGGGCAUCUCGGCCCUCACAGCUAACAUCCAUUUGUAGAGAAUAAGCUGCUGAGUUUUUGAGUCGUUCAGUCAGUUUCCUCAUGGUUGCUAGCAGUAGAAUCAAUUAUUGGUUUAACAGUGUUAUCUGACAAGGGUAUUGAUGUGAGUUUCUGUGACUCUGCCUCCCCACACAUAUAAAUUGCAGCUGGUAAUAUCAAAGUCUCUUCAAUAGUGUGUGGUUUCAUAGCAUAGUGGGCCUAGCCAUUCACCGUGAAAAUGAGUGCAACGGUCAAGUGCAGCCUUUCCCAUGAUCUAAGGGCGCUUUCUGGUUUAAUUGUAUCUUUUAGAUUUGAAUAAUUUUCAUUUAGAUUAAGGUUAACCACAUUAAAAUCAUUUUGAGAUAUAUAUAUAUGUGUGUGUAUGUAUAUGAUUUUUUUCUUCAGGAUUUUGGAAAUUCUCCCUCGACCCCAUUUUCAUAUUAGGCGACCCCUAGUUUGGAAACUGCUGCAAUGAGUGGAAGUCCUCCCUUUGAUUCUAACUCUUAAGUCUAACUGUUAAGCCUGUUUUACUUAAGUCAUAGUCACUCAUUGCGUGUGUUUCUGUGUUGCAGUCUCGCCCCUGCAAUGUUGCGCCAGGCAUCCUAUGGGACCAUAAAGAUUGGCACAUACCAGAGCUUCAAACGACUACUGGUGGACAGGCCAGAAGGUAAGAGAACAACAACACAUCAGGAUUUUAGAUCUCUUAGCUAUUUGCUGACCUUGUUACAUGUGUUCUAAAUCAGUCUGUAGUGUGUGGCAUUGCAAUAAACAGUGACGUGUGUGUGUGUGUGCAUGUGUGUGUGUGUGUAUAUGUAUAUAUAUAUAUAUAUCUUAACUUAUCUCUAAGUCACUGUUCAUUGCAAUGCACACACACGCUAUAUAUACAGUACCAGUUCAAAAGUUUGGACAACUACUCAUUCCAGAGUUUUUCUUUAUUUUUACUAUUUUACACAUUGUAGAAUAAUAGUGAAGACAUCAAAACUAUGAAAUAACACAUACGGAAUCAUGUAGUAACCAAAAAAGUGGAAUGCUCUGGAAUGCAUUUCAAUUAAAAAAAUAAUUAAUUGGUCAUUUAGCAGACGCUCUUAUCCAGAGCAACUUACAGGAGCAAUUAGGGUUAAGUGCCUUGCUCAAGGGCACAUCGACAGAUUUUUCACCUAGUCGGCUCGGGGAUUAGAAUCAGCGACCUUUCGUUUACUGGCACAACGCUCUUAACCACUAAGCUACCUGCCGCCCCAAGGUGGGCCUUGUUAAUUUGUGGAAUUCCUUUCCUUCUUAAUGCGUUUGAGCCAAUCAAUUGUGUUGUGACAAGGUAUGGGUGGUAUACAGAAGAUGGCCCUAUUUGGUAAAAGACCACGUCCAUAUUAUGGCAAGAACAGCUCAAAUAAGCAAAGAGAAACGACAGUCCAUCAUUACUUUAAGACAUGAAGGUCAGUCAAUCUGGGAACUUUGAAAGUUUCUUCAAAUGCAGUCGCAAAAACCAUCAAGCGCUAUGAUGAAACUGGCUCUCAUGAGGACCGCCACAGGAAAGGAAGACCAAGAGUUAACUCUGCUGCAGAGGAUAAGUUAAUUAGAGUUAACUGCACCUCAGAUUGCAGCCCAAAUAAAUGCUUCACAGAGUUCAAGUAACAGACACAUCUCAACAUCAACUGUUUAGAGGAGACUGCGUGACUAAGGCCUUCAUGGUCGAGUUGCUGCAAAGAAACCACUACUAAAGGACACCAAUAAGAAGAAGCGACUUGCUUGGGCCAAGAAACACGAGAAAUGGACAUUAGACCGGUGGAAGUCUGAGUCCAAAUUAGAGAUUUAUGGUUCCAUCCGCCGUGUCUUUGUGAGACGCAGAGUAGGUGAAUGGAUGAUCUCCGCAUGUGUGGUUCCCACCGUAAAGCAGGGAGGAGGAGGUGUGACACUGUCUGUGAUUUUAUUUAGAAUUCAAGGCACACCUAACCAGCAUUGCUACCACAGCAUUCUGCAGCGAUACGCCCAUUCCAUCUGGUUUGCGCUUAGUGGGACUAUCAUUUAUUUUUCAACUGGACAAUGGCUCAAAACACACCUCCAGGCUGUGUAAGGGCUAUUUGACCAAGAAGGAGAGUGAUGGAGUGCUGCAUCAGAUGACCUGGCUCCACAAUCACCCGACCUCAACCCAAUUGAGAUGGUUUGGGAUGAGUUGGACCGCAGCGUGAAGGAAAAGCAUAUGUGGGAACUCCUUCAAGACUAUUGGAAAAGCAUUCCUCAUGAAGCUGGUUGAGAGAAUGCCAAGAGUGUGCAAAGCUGUUAUUGUGGUCCUCUGUAGCUCAGCUGGUAGAGCACGGCGCUUGUAAUGCCAAGGUAGUGGGUUCGAUCCCCGGGACCACCCAUACACAAAAAUGUAUGCACGCAUGACUGUAAGUCGCUUUGGAUAAAAGCGUCUGCUAAAUGGCAUAUUGUGGUCCUCUGUAGCUCAGCUGGUAGAGCACGGCGCUUGUAACGCCAAGGUAGUGGGUUCGAUCCCCGGGACCACCCAUACACAAAAAUUUAUGCACGCAUGACUGUAAGUCGCUUUGGAUAAAAGCGUCUGCUAAAUGGCAUAUUAUUAUAUUAUUAUCAAGGCAAAGGGUGGCUUCUUUUGAAGAAUCUAAAAUAUAUUUUGAUUUAACACUUUUUACUACAUAAUUAUAUGUGUUAUUUCAUAGUUUUGAUGUCUUCACUAUUAUUCUACAAUGUAGAAAAUAUAUAUAUAUAUAUUUUUUUAAGAGUAGGUGUGUCUUAACUUUUGACUGGUACUGUGUAUGUAUAUAAGCCUUACACAACUAUAAGACCCACUAAUUAUUUUAUCAAUAGUUUAACCUGCUUUUUUAAAUUUUAUUUUUUACUAAUCACUGAUCUGGCUUUCAAGUCUGUCUACGAAAAUAACCUUUUCUGUUACAAAUUUAACUAGAACCAUGCAUAAUGGAUUUCCACUAAUAAUGACUAACUUCUAGUAGCAGGCAUUGUUUAUUUUCUAUAGCCUAAUCUCUCAAGCCCACGUGCUAGUGAUUAGCCAGCUAAUCUUUAUACUGUAUUUCAAGUUUAACCAACUUGGAUCUAUUUGCUAACUAACAAGGUUGAAUUGUUAUGAACACACCCUUCUGUCUGUCUCCAACUGUUUGAAAAGCAUGUAAGCCUGUCGACCUUGUUCAGAUGUUGAAAUCAAGUGGCAUAUCUUAUUUCUCAGAAUGAGGAGUUGCCAAUUCCUUAUAUAAUUGUGUUUUAUGCUUAUUGCACAUUUAUAAAACACAGACUAGACAGCUAGUGACUACCGACCCAUAGCACUCACAUCUGUAGCCAUGAAGUGCUUUGAAAGGCUGGUCAUGGCUCACAACACCAUUAUCCCAGAAACCCUAGACCCACACCUAAUUUGCAUACUGCCCCAACAGAUCCACAGAUGAUGCAAUCUCUAUUGUGCUCCACACUGCCCUUUCACACCUGGACAAAAGGAACACCUAUGUGAGAAUGCUAUUAAUUGAUUACAGCUCAGCGUUCUACACCAACACCAUAGUGCCCUCCAAGCUCAUCACUAAGCUAAGGACCCUGGGAAUAAACACCUCCCUCUGCAACUGGAUCCUGGACUUCCUGACGGGCCGCCCCCAAGUGGUAAGGGUAGGUAACAACACAUCCGCCACGCUGAUCCUCAACACGGGGGACCCUCAGGGAUGCGUGCUCAGUCCCUUCCUGUACUCCCUGUUCACUCAUGACUGCAUGGCCAGGCACGACUCCAACACCAUCAUUAAGUUUGCAGAUGACACAACAGUGGUAGGCCUGAUCACCGGCAACGACGAGACAGCCUAUAGGGAGGAGGUCAGAGACCUGGCCGUGUGGUGCCAGGACAACAACCUCUCCCUCAACGUGAUCAAGAAAAAGGAGAUGAUUGCGGACUACAGGAAAAAGAAGAGGACCAAGCACACCCCCGUUCUCAUCGACAGGGCUGUUGUGGAGCAGGUUGAGAGCUUCAAGUUCCUUGGUGUCCACAUCACCAACAAACUAGCAUGGUCCAAGCACACCAAGACAGUCAUGAAGAGGGCACGACAAAACCUAUUCCCCCUAAGGAGACUGAAAAGAUUUGGCAUGGGUCCUCAGAUCCUCAAAAGGUUCUACAGCUGCACCAUCGAGAGCAUCCUGACUGGUUGCAUCACUGCCUGGUAUGGCAACUUCUCGGCCUCCGACCUCAUGGCACUACAUAGGCUAGUGCGUACGGCCCAGUACAUCACUGGGGCCAAGCUUCUUGCCAUCCAGGACCUCUAUACCAGGCGGUGUCAGAGGAAGGCCCUAAAAAUUGUCAGACUCCAUCCACCCUAGUCAUAGACUGUUCUCUCUGCUACCGCACAGCAAGCGGUACCAGAGUGCCAAAUCUAGGUCCAAGAGGCUUCUAAACAGCUUGUACCCCCAAGCCAUAAGACUCCUUAACAUCUAAUCAAAUGGCUACCCAGACUAUUUGCAUUGUGAACAUGUGUGCGUGUGUGACCCAUUUUCGCUGAGAGGAAUGCACAGAGUAAUACCUCCAUUACACACUAUUGUUACAUGGACACACAUACACGUCAUACAGAGGUAAUGUGUGUGCGGGUGAGACUAAGAGGAACGAUAAUUCAAUGUAUAAAGAAUAGCCUGAAUUGAAUUUCUCCUCUCUCUUUCUCAGAUGAGACGUUGUUGACCAACGUGCUGUGUGGUGUUCUGUCUGGAGUAAUCUCCUCCUCCAUCGCCAACCCCACGGAUGUGCUGAAGGUAAUGACACACACACACACACACACACUUGUAAAUGGUGUGAAUAGUUUAUUGGGUAUUAGAAGCCAACAGAGAGACCGGUAGGGCUGAUCUAAACAAAAUACAGCAACACUUUUUUUACCACACUGUUUGGCUCUGUUUCCUUGCCUUUGAGGAGGAUAAGCAGUGAUACUCUGGCCCUGCCCGAUCCAGCUCAGUCUGAACGCUAGGGUUUUUUAGUUUCACACAUUAAUGGAUGGGAGGGUGUGUGAGCGGGGUGAAUGUACUUGUAGUUUCUAAAUAAGGUUCCUACAUUCAUUCUAUGGGUACAAGGGUGUGUCUCUGGGAGGUGGGGGUUGAAGAGUGUGUAUGGGCGGGGAGGAGGUCACCGAGAUGCCACUAUCACUAACUGUGUGAUAUUUAUAGACUCCUGCCCACAAGAAAUGGCACAGUAAUGAUAUGGCUGAGUGAAAAAUGAUCUAUGUGAGCGUAUGUGUGGUUUUAGGAUUGAAUUGUGUUGGCUGAAAGUUAGAACAGUGCGUUUCAAAAGCAGUGUGUUCCGUUUGGCACUGUGUUGGGGAGGGGGGUCAUGUGCUUAGCACACUUAAAUAACCCUCCGGGCACACACGCAUCACUCAACCAGCUAUGCAGGCAGGUUUAUUUCCCUAUAAGUUGGAUGAGACUGAUCUGCAUUCAACACAUACAGACAGCCUGUAUGUUAUUGUUAUUGUUUGUUUGGUCUUAAGAGCAUUGGCAAGGCUUUAAGUAGGCCAGAAUUCAGAACAGUGGGUCAGAAUGCAGACAGGGACAGUUGGUGAACCCUUGUCACCUGUAUCCUGAACACUGUGGCUCUACACACACCAGCAGUGUUUCCCCUAAGCUUAACUCUUUGUGGCAGAGGGCCACAUUACAUUGUCAUCCAGUGCUGAUAACACUUUCACUAGUCUCUCCUGUCAUCUGCAUACUGGUUUUCUGUUGAUUUUAACUUGACUUUUAUCCUAACUGUUUUUCCUUCCUGGUUUUCCAAGAUCCGUAUGCAGGCUCAGGGCAGUGUAAUCCAGGGAAGCAUGGUGGGAAACUUCAUCAACAUCUACCAACAGGAGGGAGCCAGGGGGUUGUGGAAGGUAGGCACAUGGACACACACACACACACACACACACACACACACACACACACACACAGACUUUUAACCCCCCUCUCUCUCAGGGUGUGUCUCUGACAGCGCAGAGAGCAGCUAUCGUGGUGGGGGUGGAGCUUCCUGCCUAUGACCUCGCAAAGAAACACCUGAUUCUGGAUUGUCACAUGGGUGACAACAUUUAUACACACUUCCUGUGAGUGACAUCGUCAAUACUCACCCACUACUCCGUUAACUCUCCACAAGAAUGGAACCUAUGGCUACGUAAGACUAGGGAACUUCUGACCCUUGCCCUCUGACCCACAGGUCCAGUUUUGCAUGUGGUCUGGCGGGGGCUCUGGCCUCUAACCCCAUAGACGUGGUCCGCACACGGAUGAUGAACCAGACAUACGGAGCUGUCACCUACCAGGGAACACUGGACUGCUUACUACAGGUAGAUUAGCACACCAGGGUUUCCGUUAGCCGGUAAUGGCUGGGUUUUGGCCCAAAGAUCAAAUACAUUUGUGCCGACUAAUUGUCCAGGAGAAGGGGGAAAAAAACAUAGCCUGGAAAUUCCAGUCGAUUGAAAUACAUUUGAUCGGUCAUGCUUAUCAGUCUAUAGGUUAAUCUGCAUAAAUCUGCAUAAAUUUGCUCGUACAGGGCUCUAAAUGUACAUUUUUCAUUGGUAGCGCUGGUGCACCCAACUUAAAGUUAGGAGCACCAGAAAAUAUUUUGAGAUACAGCCUAUAUUGGGCGUAUAUGAAUUAUAGCUACUUUUGAAGCACGUUGUGCCCUAGAAACUAUAACACUGUAAAAACAUGAGUUUAUUAUAAAAGCUAAAAUGUUGAUACAACUACCUGUCAUUGAAAUUGCAAAGUCAUUUUGUAGAAUAUUAGGUUUUUAAUAUUGUGUAAAAGCACUAUUUCCCUAUUGAGAUGCAUUACAUUGAAAAUGGUACACUGUCUCUUUAAAAACGUCAGGUUUGUGAUGAGGAUGUGCAAGAGAUCUGUCAUUCAUUGCUAUGAUUGAUCUCCUGAAGAAGCUAUCCCUUUCCCUUUCUUUCUGUGUCCCCAAGUGUUUGGAUAUACUGGUUACUAGGUUGUUACUGGUUACUAGGUUGUUAGCUAGCUAGCCGACUUAACAAAGUGUUACAAAUGGUUAACGACGCGCAUAUAGUUUUAUAACGGCCCACAACAUGGUUUAUGAAUGUAAAAUGUAAAAUGUGAUCUGCUAUAGGGAGAUAAAAAUGUUGUGCCGGUAAUAUGGGUCAGAUCUUUUGACCUGGUUGUGCUACAAGCAAGCCAUUUUUUCUGUAGUAAUGGUGCAUCCAUGACUCUUGUCGAAUCUGCACUCGCUUUUUCUCUAGGGCACUCAGAAACAAUGGUACAGUGACGCCUUAAGACAACAAUUAAGGCAUCGCUGUACCAUUGUUUCUGAGUCGCACAGUGCUCCCAAAAUUCCUGGAUGAACAGCAACAUAUUUUGUUGCAUACGUGACCAAAUUGGUCACACUUUAGAGCCCUGGGCGCAUGUGUAUUUUCCUUAGUUUAUGUAUCUUAUUUAUCAUACUCGCACAGCAUACAGAUACAGAGCCUAUAUUUGAGUGGAAAAUUUGUCAGACAGCUCGUUUGUUGCUGCUGGAGUGAAAUGUGUGCUUUUUAUAAGCCCUAUCAUUGCGCAACAAUUCUGAAUGCAAUCGCGUAUUCACAGUUAUUGCCACAAUUUAAAAAGAGGUACGCUUUUUUUCGGAACUGGUAAUUGAAGCGUGCUUCCCAUUCGCCAUUCAAGUGUAAGCAGGCUUCAGCUCUUCACACACCACUUUGCAAUGAGCUGGAGGCAGUAUGCAUUUUGAGAACGUAAUUGUUUGAAACCUGAACAUUUUACUUCAUAUUAUGAGGCAUGUCUUACCUUGCUUCAAAGUUGCCUAGCCAAAAUUAUUUAAUAAAGACUUUCAUAUGCCAUUGAAACCAGUAGCCUAUUUCUCAUGUUCUACUGGUUUUCAAAUCAAUUUUCUUUCAUUGUCCAGUAGCCAAACUUAAAUCCUAGUCAUAUUAGCAACCCAUGCUAGUUGUUGCAUCUUUAGAUCUCUCCUCUUUCUAAAUUUCUAAAGAUAUUUUCAUCUUUCACAUGAAACCGCUCACAUGUGCGGUGCGCUUUUGGCAACUGGGUUUCCCCGCUAAUUGCAUUAUGGAACAAAUAUUUGUGUGUAGCCUUGUGCUUAUAAUGUGAAGAAAUAAUCAUUUAUCAAAAUGUUAAGCUAAUAGUUCUGAUCUGUAUCAUCAGUCUCAUUGCUGUUGAAAGCUAAUUUUUUAUUAUUUUGGUGUAGCCUAGGCCUACUGGUUGUAUAAUUUGGGAUCUAUCAUUCCACAACUGUCCCAGAGUCUGUUUGGAAUAGGCUAUUUAUUUCUCGCACAGAACGACAAGCUGACCAAUAGAAUAUGUAAACUUUUCUACUAUGGGGGAUUACUAGUGAUUUUGCUCUUCGUUACUCGUCUCGUUGGCUGAGGAAAUGUAAAUGUGGACAGUUAUUCUAGCAUCUUCAAAUGCGUAUCGGAAUUCGAUAAGAAGGACGCAUUCCGUUGCAUCCUCGAGUUGCAUGUUUUGUUAAGAUGAAUGACCAUAAUCUACAUGUGAUUUCUGUCAUUCUACGCACCGUGGGUGGACGCCCUGAUCGGGUUAAGCACCCAAUGCAUAUGGAUCCGGUACAUUUCUCAAAUGUCCAGUAAAUUUAAAAUGCUGCCAGUCAAAUGUACGGCGCCACAUUUUUCUAACGAAAACCCUGACGAGCACACACCACAUGAUGAACCAAGGGUGUAAUCAUUAGUCCAAACCGUUGCAAAACAGAAUGUAUUGGACAAAUUCAGGUAGGUCCAUUCUGUUUUAAGAAACGUUUUGCAACAGAAUAGGCAUAAUGAAUACGCCCCAGAGAUGCGGGGCAAUGAUGGGUACAGGGCUGUGUGUGUGUGUAACAUUUUGUCUCUUUUUAGACGUCACGGUCUGAGGGCUUCAUGGCACUCUACAAAGGCUUCUUCCCCAACUGGCUCCGUCUCGGCCCAUGGAACAUCAUCGUAUCCUUUCACCUACUCACAGGAGUGUGUGUGUGUGUGUGUGUGUUUUUAUCUACCACCGAAGGUUUGCACCAGAGUCGGGAGUCAAUUCCAGUUUAAUAUCCAUCUGUAGAGUUGGUCAUGGAAUUUCUCCAUAGGAAUGCAAUUCCUAAAUUGACUGGAAUUUUGAUGGAAUUGAUCCCAACCUUAGUUUGGACAUUCCAAUGGAGCCAGAGGCUGACUCUAAUGCAGUUGCACAUACAUUACUGCUCCUGUAAUAGCAACCCAGUUUCACCUAGGGUAGCAGAGGGAUCUGGGAGCCAGAAUAGGGGUUAGAAGUGGGAAAUAUGGAGGGUAAGGAGAGGGGGAGGAAGAAGGGGUUGGGGGUAGAGGGAAUAGAAAGGGAAUGAAGAUCUGAGGGAGCAAGAGCGGGGGUGAGAUGUGUUCCAUGUGGUGUGUUAAGGCUGGUUUACAGUUGGUCUAUCGACAUGUCUGUAGACAGAUGUCGCAGUGACUUCAUGAACAAGUAUAAACACAAAACGACAGCCUCUGGAUGACAUCAGCAGCCCGGUGCUCCAAAUAGCCUACUUGCUCUAUUUGAACAUCGUCAAACCCAUCUAUUUAAAAAUGAAUUUAGUAAAUGUCAACCUAGCAAGCCAGGCAACUAAAACCAACUUUCUAAACAAUGUUUUGGUUUGUUGCUAGCUUGGUAGCUAGCUGGCUAUCCAGUGAAAAUUAAUUACCAGAGUGCCUUCGGAAUGUAUUCAGACACCUUGACUUUUUCCACGUUUUGUUACGUUACAGCCUUAUUCUAAAAUUGAUUAAAAAAUAAUAAUAAUCCUCAGCAAUACCCCAUAAUGACAAAUCGAAAAUAGGUUUUUAGAAAAUUUUGCAAAUGUAUUAAAAAUAAAAAACAGAUACCUUAUUUACAUAAGUAUUCAGACCCUUUGCUAUGAGAUUCAAAAUUGAGCUCCGGUGCAUCCUGUUUCCAUUGAUCAUCCUUGAUGUUUCUACAACUUGAUUGGAGUCCACCUGUGGUAAAUUCAGUUGAUUGGACAUUAUUUGGAAAGGCACACACCUGUCUAUAUAAGGUCCCAUAGUUGACCGUGCAUGUCAGAGCAAAAACCAAGCUAUGAGGUCGAAGGAAUUGUCCGUAGAGCUCAGAGACAGGAUUGUGUCGAGGCACAGAUCUGGGGAAGGGUACCAAAACAUUUCUGCAGCAUUGAAGAUCCCCAAGAACACAGUGGCCUCCAUAAUUCUUAAAUGGAAGAAGUUUGUAACCACCAAGACUCUUCCUAGAGCUGGCCACCCGGCCAAACUGUGCAAUCGGUGGAGAAGGGCCUUGGUCAGGGAGGUGACCAAGAACCUGAUGGUUACUGACAGAGCUCUAGAGUUCCUCUGUGGAGAUGGUUGUCCUUCUGGAAGGUUCUCCCAUCUCUGCAACACUCCACCUAUCAGGUCUUUAUGGUAGAGUGGCCAGAUGGAAGUCACUCCUCAGCAAAAGGUACAUGACAGGCCGCUUGGAGUUUGCCAAAAGGCACCUAAAGACUCUCAGACCAUGAGAAACAAGAUUGAACUCUUUGGCCUGAAUGCCAAGCGUCACGUCUGGAGGAAACCUGGCACCAUCCCUACGGUGAAGCAUGGUGGUGGCAGCAUCAUGCAAUGGGGAUAUUUUUCAGCGGCAGGGACUGGGAGACUAGUCAGGAUCGAGGCCAAGUUGAACGGAGCGAAGUACAGAGAGAGCCAUCAUUAAAACCUGCUCCGAUCCUCAGACUGGGGGUGACGGUUCAACUUCCAACAGGACAACGACCCUAAGCACACAGCCAAGACAACGCAGGAGUGGCUUCGGGACAAGUCUCUAUGUCCUUGAGUGGCCCAGCCAGAGCCCGGACUUGAACACGAUCUAACAUCUCUGGAGAGACCUGAAAAUAGCUGUGCAGCAACGCUCCCCAUCCAACCUGACAGAGCUUGAGAGGAUCUACAGAGAAGAAUGAGAGAAACUUCCCAUAUACAGGUGUGCCAAGCUUGUAGUGUCAUACCCAAGAAGACUCGAUGCUGUAAUCGCUGCCAAAGGUGCUUCGACAAAAUACUGAGUGAAGGGUCUGAAUACUUAUGUAAAUGUAUUAUUUCCGUUUUUUAUUUUUAAACAUUAGUAAAAAUGUCUAAACCUGUUUUUGCUUAGUCAUUAUGGGGUAUUGUGUGUAGAUUGAGUGGAAAAAAUAACGUAAUCAAUUUGAGAAUAAUGUGGAAAAAGUCAAGUUGUCUGAAUACUUUCCGAAGGCACUGUAGCUGACGUCUUAAUUUUAGCUACUUUUUAUUCAUUAUUCACCGCAACAUUAUUAACAAGGUAAAAUAGCUUAUGAUUGUCAGUGUCCACAAAAUCAAAGUAAAUAGUCUAUAUCUGAGAACUGCAGAACUCCUGCACCAUCUUGUCACCGGUGGAUUUGGUCUUGUUGCUGUAGCAGCCCAGUAACCACAACAAUGGACGUUGCGAGAGUCGCAGAGACAUUAACUUUUUUUCAUGUCUGUGCAACAAGGAAACCGACAGUUUAUAGACAUUUCAUCGCAGUAUAAAUUAAAUGUUGUUUUGACAAGCAACACUUGUCGCAUUCUAAUUGUCUACAAACAUGUUGUUAGAAAAAGUAUAAACUGCCCUUUAAGAGCGAGGGCCUGUAGAUUGGGCAGAGGUAGCAGCUGUAACUAAGAUAACUAAACCUCAGUCAUUACAGUGAGGUAACCAGGGGAUCACCGAGGGGAGUUAGGAACAGGUAACCAGGGGAUCACCGAGGGGAGUUAGGAACAGGAACGGAAGUCUGGAGGGUGUAGUGGACCUAGAGGAGUGGACGUGGUGUGUUUGGGAUGUGUGUGUUAUGUUCCUAACUAAGCUCCUGCACUGAGAAGGAUGAUGUGUGUUAUGUUCCUAACAAAGCUCCUGCACUGAGAAGGAUGAUGUGUGUUAUGUUCCUAACUAAGCUCCUGCGCUGAGAAGGAUGAUGUGUGUUAUGUUCCUAACAAAGCUCCUGCACUGAGAAGGAUGAUGUGUGUUGUGUUCCUAACUAAGCUCCUGCACUGAGAAGGAUGAUGUGUGUUAUGUUCCUAACAAAGCUCCUGCACUGAGAAGGAUGAUGUGUGUUAUGUUCCUAACAAAGCUCCUGCACUGAGAAGGAUGAUGUGUGUUAUGUUCCUAACAAAGCUCCUGCACUGAGAAGGAUGAUGUGUGUUAUGUUCCUAACAAAGCUCCUGCACUGAGAAGGAUGAUGUGUGUUAUGUUCCUAACAAAGCUCCUGCACUGAGAAGGAUGAUGUGUGUUGUGUUCCUAACUAAGCUCCUGCACUGAGAAGGAUGAUGUGUGUUAUGUUCCUAACAAAGCUCCUGCACUGAGAAGGAUGAUGUGUGUUGUGUUCCUAACUAAGCUCCUGCACUGAGAAGGAUGAUGUGUGUUAUGUUCCUAACAAAGCUCCUGCACUGAGAAGGAUGAUGUGUGUUAUGUUCCUAACUAAGCUCCUGCACUGAGAAGGAUGAUGUGUGUUAUGUUCCUAACUAAGCUCCUGCACUGAGAAGGAUGAUGUCAGUGUCUUUUUUUCCCUUCUCUUUCUGUGCCUUGUCCUUAACUCCUCCUUAGUUCUUUGUUACCUACGAACAGCUGAAGAAGAUGGAGGUCUGAUGGAGAGAAGGAAAUGUAGCACUGUGGAGGGGAGAGGAGGAAAUAACUCAGCCAGAGAGGGGAAAGAAUGGACCAAAAUAGGGGUGGACGUAUCCUGUCUAGCCUCCGACUUCUUGUCUGGGUGGUGUGUCGACCACGCCCCCCUCAGACGCAUUUCUCCUUUCUGAUUGGCUGCUGCCGUGAUGGCGCUCUGGUUGGCUGGGAAAGAGGAAGUGAAAGUUGAGGAUAAUUGCACAAUCAGAAAGCAAGGUGAAGCUAAGACCAUUUUGAAACUAUGUCCCUAAAUUAUUUAUUUAUUCUUUUUUUUGGAGCUCAGUCGAGCCUCAAUGCUGGUAUCAUAUAAACACACAAGACAUAGAAAAAUGUGGGUUGUGAGGUGGGGAUUUGUUACUACGUCGAAAAAGUACUAUUCAUCCGGACCUUUGCGACCUAGGAAAUUUGAAUGACCGGACUUUCUCAAAUAGUACUUGAGUACGCCUGAUGUACAAGAACUCAAAUAAUGUUAAAAGCAGUGACUACUACUAAUAAUGUUAAAAACUGCUCAGAUUUGUAUGGAUUUCAGAUGCCUUGGUGUGCGUUCUCUUUGGUUGCCAGAGGAACUGCCAAAGGAAGCUGUGGAAAAGACUGCGAACAUUUCUGUAGAAGGUUAUCUGCCAGUCACUAGUGGGCAGCAAAUGAUGCCAUUUACUCAAGGACUGGCCACUUUCUGAAACCCUAGAUGUCUGUACAGCCAUGGAAAGCUUAUGUGAUGGCUGAGGGUGUAAUAUAUUUGUUAAGAUGGUUGGCUGUGGGUUUGGAUUUUGUACGUCAGAGGAUUCUCUAGUUACAGAACACGGGGGGUAGGACUUUUAAUGGGACUAGUUAUAUAACCAGAUUAAAGAUCAUAGGGCAGGUGACCACUAACUCACACACACAAAAGGGCACAUGGGUUCUUAAUGCCAGGGUGAAUUGGCACAGUGUAUGGAUGACACACACAGUUAAUGGGGAUGUUGUGUACGGACUAGUCUGGGUCAGUAUUAUAAAUACACUCUGGACAGCCUGAUUGGCACGCUGUACCUUAUGUCAUUUCAGGACCCCUAUCUCUGACACACACGCGGAGCCCCAGUUCUUACUAUAUGUCACAGCAGCAGAGCCCCCAUAUUCUAUCCCUGUUCAGGUCGGGGUGUCCAAUCCAACCCAUUUAACCUUUUUCAUUUAACAGGAUAUCACUUAAGCUUCCAGAGAGAUGUGCCUGUAGUCUGCAGGGAAGUGUAGCCUGUAGCCUGCAGGGAAGUGAAUGUUCAGGAGAGGUGGCUGAUGUAUAUUUAGCAAUUGCGCCUGACUACCAAUGCGGAGGUGGCAUUCUGUGUGCUGGUGUUGUUGACUUCUGUAUGGUAAGGCCUCGGAGUACCACAGUGGAAAGGUUGCCAUUUUAUGAUCCCAAGACACAUAACUAAUUUACCUGUCAACUAACUGUUAAUCCUCUACCCUUCACUUCUACUACUUCUUUAUGUUAUUCACUGGUUAUCAGUUAGCUCGUUUGGAGUUGAGCUUGCUAGUUUUGUUUGAGCUAAGGUUGAACCUCAGAAUGUGUUCAUGUGAGAAUAUGGUUCUUGUAUAUGAUUUGUUUAUAGCCCCCAAAGCCUUAAUUCCAAUGUGUCACUGUCAUAGCCCUGUAAAUACUCCUGUUACUGUGUACUCUAAAUAAACCUGAUUAAAACAAGGCAUAC